AUGCAUUCCAUCACCACUCCACCGCCGCAAUCACCUUCAGAGCCGCCGUCCCCGGCCGAAACAAUUGACAAGAUAAUACAGCUUCUGACUCAGCUACUCCCGUCGACUCUCUCCACAAUCUCCUUUGCAUCCCGGUGGCAAAUCCUCCGAACAAAGCUUGCCUCCUUAAAGUCCCUCCUCUCCGAAGUCUCGUACUUCCAGCACUGGUCCGACAACCCUUUGCUCCAUUCUCUCCUUCCGAAUAUUCUCUCCACUGUUUAUCGUGCACAGACCCUUUGCCAUCAAUGUUGCGAUCCUUCGUUCAAUCCCGGCAAGCUCCUUAUGCAGUCGGACCUCGACAUGGCCUCUGGUUGGUUGUCGAAGCAAAUUCACGACCUCGACCUUCUACUUCGUUCGGGGGUUCUCCAUCAAUCCACUGCUAUUGUUCUUCCUCACCCUACUGCAAACGCCUCGAAGGAAGACCUCUCAUUUUUCGUCAAGGAUCUUUUCACCAGGCUCCAGAUCGGCGGCCUUGAGUUCAAAAGGAAGGCAUUGGAUUCACUGAUUCAGCUUCUCUCGGAGGACGAAAAGUCUGCGAGUGUUGUCGCGAAAGAAGGGAAUAUGAGGAGCUUGAUUCAGUUACUGGAUCUUAAUUCCCAUGACUCUUUAAGAGAACUGGCUGUGCUUAUUGUGUCUAUUCUUGUUUCGAUGAGUGAUUAUUCGAGAAAAUGUUUGUUUGAGGAGGGGGCUUUGGGUCCAUUGUUGAGGAUUAUAGAGUGUAGCUCGAUGCCCAUGAAGGAAAAAGCAGCAAUGGCGGUUGAAUUCAUCACUGCGGAUACCGAUUUUAACGCUUGGGCAAUUUCAGCCUAUGGGGUUGAAGAAAUUCGAAUUGCAUUAGCAGAAGAAGGAGCCGUUCCUGCUUUGGUACAAUUACUUGUUACAGGAACCCCCUCGGCCCAAGAAAAGGCCGCGAAUUGCAUUGCUAUACUUGCUUCAUCAGAUGUAAGCCACCAAAUUUUAUUAGGAUCAACCAUGUUUAUUUUAGAACUCGGGGAGCUUAUAAAACAUGGUAACAUAAUGUUGCAACACGUUAGUGCUUCAUUGCUCGCUAAAUUAUCUAUAAGCGAUGAUAAUAAGAGAGCUAUAGGUGGAUGUAUGGGAUCUUUAAUGAAACUGAUGGAGUCUUCAAAGCCCGAUGGGCUCCAGGAAGUAGCAACGAAUGCUUUGGUGUCGUUGUUAUCGGUGAAAUCGAAUAGGAAAGAUUUGGUAAGGGAUGAGAAGUGUGUGAUGAGGCUGAUGCUAAUGCUGGAUCCCAAGAAUGAGGUUACUUCAAAGAAGUUUCCAGUGGCAGUGGUGGCGGCUAUUAUGUCCGGAAGGAGUCAGAGUUGCCGGAAGACGCUCAUGGCUGCUGGUGCUUAUGGGUAUAUGCGGAUAUUGGCAGAAAAGGAGGAAUUGGAGGGAGUAAUCAGCAAAGUAACUAACCCCCACCGACGAAAGGAGGUCGUAUGCGUCUUUUCUAACUGUCAAUGA